UUAAGGUUUGUUGUGUCGUCGGUGCUAUGAGAGUGUUUCUGGUGGUUCUGAGUUCGCUGGCUGUGGCGGUGGCCACCAGGUGUCCAUUUUCGUCCAUGGAGCCCUUGUCCCGCUCCAAACGGAACGCCUUUGACAUCCGUCCGGCGGUCAGUGAUGGAAGUUUGGAUGCUCUGAUCAAGGACUUCAUGCCUAAGUACAAUUCCAACAGUGCACACAACAGUUGGGCCGCGCCUUCUGGUACUCGCCAGCCUUUAAGGUGCGGCAUUCCGCCUCGCAACUGCCUGAAUGAUACCCGAAAUCUGCACUACCGGACUUUGGAUGGAGCCUGCAAUAACCUGUUGUAUCCGGAGUUUGGAAUUUCGGUUUCGCCGUAUCGCAGGCUCUUGCCUCCCCGCCAAGUGGAGCAGGCCCCGAAUGCCCGUCUGAUCUCCUUGUCCCUGUACGGCGAGCAGACGAAGAACGAUCUGUUCCGCACCAUGGCGGCCAUGCAAUGGGGUCAGUUCGUGGCCCACGACAUCAGCCAGCUGAGCACUCGGGGAGCUCCCCUGGAUUGCUGUGCUGAGCCACGUCAUCCCCGCUGUCUGACCAUCAGUCUGCCCCGUGGCGGACCCAUCGCCUAUCACACGGGCAAGACCUGCCUGCACUUUGCCCGCAGUGUGUCCGAAGCGGAUGCCAUUUGCCCCAAGACUGCAUCUCCAUAUCCCGAGAAGCUGUCGGUGGCCACUGCCUACCUGGAUCUCUCCUCGGUCUAUGGCAAUAACCCAUCGCAAAACAGCAAAUUGAGGCUGUUUAAGGGAGGUCUUUUGAAGACGAGCUACACGAAUGGACAGCACUGGCUGCCGUUGAGCCAAAAUGAGAAUGGCGAGUGCGGGGUCAAGAGCGAAUGCUACAGUAUGCCGGACAAGCGUAACCGCUUCUCGCCCACCAUAGCCCUGCUGCAGACUCUGCUGGUGCGGGAGCACAAUCGCCUGGCCGAGAAUCUGGCGCUAAUUAACCCCGACCACGACGACGAGCGCAUCUUCCAGGAGGCGCGCAAGAUCAACAUAGCCCAGUUCCAGAAGAUCACCUACUACGACUGGCUGCCGCUGUUCGUGGGUCGCACUUAUACCUACCUGAAUGGGCUCGUAUAUCCAGUGGAGCCCACAGAGUAUGUGAACGACUACGAUGAGACGGUGAAUCCUGCUGCCUAUGCGGAGUUUUCUGCCGCUGCCUUCCGAUAUGCCCACACCCAGAUUCCCGGCUGGUUUUCGCUGGUUGCCCCCAAUCGCAGCUCUAAUCAAACCCUGCGCCUGAGUGACUACCUUGAUCGAACGGAGACCAUUCGCUUACUGCACAGCGGCGACAAUUUUGAUGCCCUAUUGAGAGGUUUGGCCACUCAGCUGCACAAGCGCUCGGAUGGUAACAUCGACCGGGAGAUCAAACACUACUUCAACCGCAAGGAGUUCGAGGACUACGGAUCAGAUCUGAAGUCCAUAGAUAUCCAGAGGGCACGCGACUUCGGCUUGGCCUCCUACAACGAUGUGCGAGAGUUCUGUGGACUGCGAAGGGCUGUGGAUUGGGCGGACUUCGCUCAUGAGAUUCCGGGAGAGAAAAUUUCGCUGCUGCGUCGAUUAUACGCCACUCCGGAUGAUGUGGAGCUUAGUGUGGGUGGCACUCUCGAGUACCAUGUUCCGGAUGCUCUAUUCGGACCCACUCUGUUGUGUGUGAUAGGCAAACAGUUCCUAAACACACGACGUGGCGAUAGGUUCUUCUUCGAGCGGGAGAGCGCAGGAGGUUUUACACGCGCUCAACUGGCAGAGAUUCGCAAGGUGAGCUUGGCCAGCUUGUUCUGCAGUAAUGCCAACUAUCUGCACUUAGUUCAGCCGAACGUAUUUGUAUUCCCCAACUCACACAACUUACUACUCAACUGCAAUUUUAUACCCCAAAUCGAUCUUAGCAAGUGGCAGGAUCUCAGGCCUCAGCUUGUACACUAGUAGAAUUGCUAGUAAAUGUAUCUGAAACAAAUUAGCAUGCCCAAUUUGUUCUUUUAGAUGCAAACAUUUUUAUUAAUUUGCACUAUCAUGCUUUGCAUCAAAUAUUUUUCACAAUCAAAUAACAAAGUUCAUUUUGUUUUGAAUUUGUGAUCUUCUGUUAAAAAUUAAUUAAUUAUGAAACUCGCUCAAGAUAUUUAUUUUAUAUUUACGGAUAAGCUUCAUGGGAAUAAAAAGGAUUGUUAAGAAAAGGGUAUACAA